UGUUCAUUAAGCAGCUUAUGCUAAAACCCGUCAUCUUCUGAAUUUUGUUCGAAGGUCGUUCUCCUCAGCGAUGGAGAGCCAGCUAACGACCAGCCAUGGUGAAAAACGAUAUUCAUGUGAGAUUUGUUCAAAGUUAUAUUCCACUGCUUCAGUUUUAAAGGCACAUUACAGGAUCCAUACUGGUGAAAAGCCCUAUUCCUGUGACUAUUGUUCAAAGUCAUUUUCUCAUCCUUCAGACCGACGAAAACAUUUGAGACUCCAUACUGGCGAGAAACCCUAUUCGUGUAAGUUGUGUCCUAAGGCCUUUUUUUAUAAUGUAGAUUUAAAGAAACACUUGAGAGUCCAUUCUGGCGAAAAACCUUAUUCGUGUGAACAUUGUUCGAAGGUAUUUACUCAAAUUUCAAACCUGCACAGACAUUUGAGACUCCAUACUGACGAAAAACCCUAUUCGUGUGAAUACUGUAGUAAAGCAUUUCCUAGCUCUUCAAAUCUACAGCGUCAUUUGAAAUCCCACACAGAAGAAAAACCUUAUUCAUGUGACCAUUGCCCCAAAAGAUUUUCUGAAGCUUACCGUUUAAAGGAACACGUGUUGCCACAUAAGCGUGAAAAGAUAUAUUCAUGUUCGUACUGUGCAAAACAGUUUCCUAAUGUUGGAUAUUUAAAGAGCCAUUUACGGCGACAUGACGGAGAAAGAACCUUUUCGUGCCAGUAUUGUUCAAAGGCCUUUUUUGAAAAUAGAGAUUUAAAGCAACAUAUGAAAAUCCAUGCUGAUGAAAAACCGCAUUCGUGUGAAUAUUGCUCAAAGACAUUUGUUACCGCUGGAGAGUUAAAGACUCAUUUGAGAACCCAUACUGGUGAGAAACCUUAUGUCUGUGAGAUUUGUGCGAGAGCCUUUUCUCAAACUUCAAAUUUAUGGGUUCAUAUGAGUGUGCAUGCAAAUAAAAAACGAUAUUCCUGUGAAUAUUGUCCGAAAGGAUUUUGUCGAAGCGAUCGUUUAAAGGCACACAUGAGAGUACAUAAUAACUGAAAGACAAGUUUAUGUGACAUUUGAUUAAAAAUGUUUCCUGCUAGAUGAUGCAUGAGAAUGCAAGAGUACAUACUAACUGAAAGACAAGUUUAUGUGACAUUUGAUUAAAAGUGUUUCCUGCUAGAUGAUGCAUGAGAAUGCAAGAGUACAUACUAACUGAAAGACAAGUUUAUGUGACAUUUGAUUAAAAGUGUUUCCUGCUAGAUGAUGCAUGAGAAUGCAGUUGAACUGGUUUAUAAAAAAAACUAGCUGCAAAACCCGGCGUUGCUCGGGUUAAAAUACAUUGCAUGUUUAAUGGUACAUAAAAUAUUUAAGAAUUCUC